AUGAUGGCGAAUGAUGAUAGCUGGCUCUACCACGCCAGAGCAUUGGAAGUUAGAAAUGUGAAGGUUGACGGUCGAACCCUUGUCGAGGUGAGGCAUGUAGAGUGGAAUGACGACAGCAACGAGAAUAAGGCUAGUCGAGGAGUUCCAUGUGCUCUGGAGCAAAUGAAAGAGUGCAUUUCCUUCUGUAAUGCUGCGCUGUGGAAGCUCAAGUCACCCGAACUAAUGAUGCGAGUUGAGUAG